AGCCUCGCUAAAUGGACCGCCGAUGUGCCGCCGCCGCCUCGCCAGGCCGGGCCGGGCGGGGAGAAGAUGGCACUGUCCAGGGGCCUGCGGUGCUGCCAGCGGGUCUUCGGCUGGGUUCCCGUCGCCAUCAUCACCCUGGUGGUGCUCUGGUCCUACUACGCCUACGUCUUCGAGCUCUGCUUGGUGACUGUGACCAGUUCCAUAGAAAAAGUGGCCUACCUCACCAUAUUCCAUGUGAUCUUCCUGUUCUUCAUAUGGACGUAUUGGAAGUCUAUAUUUACUCUUCCACAGCAACCGGACAAAAAGUUCCACAUGUCUUAUGCUGACAAGGAGCGCUAUGAGAACGAAGAGAGACCAGAGGGACAGAGGCAGAUCCUUGCUGAAAUGGCACGGAAAUUGCCCGUGUACACAAGAGCAGGGAAUGGAGCGAUUCGAUUCUGUGAUAGAUGCCAGCUCAUCAAACCUGACCGCUGCCAUCACUGUUCGGUUUGUGCCAUGUGUGUAUUAAAAAUGGAUCAUCAUUGCCCAUGGGUAAACAACUGCAUUGGAUUUUCUAACUACAAAUUCUUCCUGCUAUUUUUAGCAUAUUCUCUUUUGUACUGCUUGUACAUAGCUGCAACAGUCUUCAAGUAUUUCAUCAAGUAUUGGACCGAGGAGCUGACCAAUGGGCGUGCCAAGUUCCAUAUUCUUUUCCUCCUUUUUGUGGCAAUCAUGUUUUUUGUUAGCCUCCUCUUCCUCUUUGGCUACCAUUGCUGGCUUGUCAGCCAAAACAGGUCUACGUUGGAGGCCUUUUCAGCUCCUGUGUUUCCUACUGGCCCUGAUAAAAACGGAUUUAAUCUUGGCAUUAAAAAAAAUCUUCAACAAGUGUUUGGAGAGAAAAAAAGACUUUGGUUCCUCCCUGUGAUAUCCAGUCAAGGCGAUGGACAUUUUUUCCCAACAAGAACUCUGAGUGAAGCAAGGAAUCCACUGCUAGCAAGUGAAGAGCAAUGGGAGGAAGAUGGGUUGGACGAUGAUAACCUCGAUUACAACCAAGGUUCUUCAAUUUCUGUGGAAAUGGAGACGUAAGAUUUUUGAAAGGCUGUUGAUACAAAACUCACACUCCCAGUGAAUUUCAGCUUCCUUCUAUGAUGGACAUUCAUGGGGAACAAAAGGAAAGGAAGCACUUGGAUUACCUGCAGAAGGGCCAUCGUCUGAUGCCAAUCCUGGCUGUCUGAAAUGGUUCUUCAGGAUACUGGUGUGGUGAUGGCUCCAAGGGUUCCUACUGAUUAUUGACUCGAGCAAGGGCAGCUUUGGUGGAUUAAGGCCAUUCAAGACCUUUUACUUUUUUAUUUCUUACCCAGAAUAAGUGAGAACUCUUUGUGCAAAUGCUUUUCCAAAUGCCUUAAUGGCAGUUAUCUAAGACCCUGGAUUUCACAAUAUUUUUCAUUUUGCCAACUUACAAGAAUGGCUCUGUAACAAGGAGUAGGUGGCUGGUCAACUGGACUACUUGUACAAGUGCUUUCAAGCAGGAAUCAUGGUUGCCAAAUCAGGUCUUAUUGUUAGAAACCCUGGCAAGUAUGCACUGCACGUUUAAGGCUGUACGUCUCCUCUCCCUGCCCACAAUACCUCCUCUUACUUUUUGAAAUCCUUUUCUUUGAUUCUGUUAAGAAUGUUGGCCCUUUUGGUCUAAGAAACACACCCUUUUUGGUGUGGUGUAAAAAAAAAAGCCUUCAAGCACAAUCCCUGUUGCAGAUGCAUACAAUUUUAAAGGGACGUUUUCUUUUCUAAAAUAUUGGGCAGGAUCCUGACACGGAACACCUCCCUUUGACCUGUGGCCCAGUACUCCUUGAAGUGGUCAGCCUGUGCCUGAACUGCACCACUUCGGACUGUAGGGGGGGUACCCAACUCUGGUUCCCUCCAGAUCUUUUGGACCAUGACUCCCAUCAGUCGCACCUAGCAUUGGCCAAUGAGUGUUGUGGUCCAAAACAUCUGGAGGAUUCCAGGUUGGUGAAGGCUUCUAAGUCUCUCUCCACAUAGAAAAGUGCCAUGCUGGGGAUCAGUUGUCUAGACUUCUUUAUGUUAGAGGGAAACAUUUUGCACAGAGAACCCUUCAAUCAUGUGAGGCUCCAGCAGGCACCACUCAGGCACAAACCAAUAUUGCUUAUUUUUCAAUACUUAGUAGAAAGAAGGGGAGUGGGGAAUGAUUAUUUUUCAGUGAGCAAAUGGGACUGAGACUCUUUGUUGAAAAAAUAAAACCAAGAUUUUUUUUUU